AUGGAAGAGAAGGCCGAGCAACCGACUGCACAUGCCCCUGACUCGGACGCAGAUGCGGCGCUCUUUGCCCUUCAGAAAGUCGAGUUUAGUAGCGCAUCUCACCCCAUUCACUGGAGUUCGAUAAAGAAAUGGCCUAUCAUCGCCGUCUACUGCUUGCUUCAAGUAUUCGUUACCCUCUCGACCACGACCUACGUCAGCGCCGAGUUUCUCGUCCAGGAGAAGUAUGGCGGGUCUACUCAAGUAGUAGCUCUUGGCCAGAGCAUGUUCAUUGUAGGGACAGCUGUCGGGCCAGCAUUUUUAGGUCCUCUAUCUGAUAUCGGAGGACGAAAAUGGAUUUAUGUAGUGUCCAUCGGCGUCUAUGCGAUCCUGAACAUCGGCACGGCAUUGGCGCGCAACUUACCAAUGCUGAUCAUCUUUCAAUUCCUCUGCGGAGCUGCUGGGAGCACGGCUCUCUCUAACGUAGCUGGCACUAUUGCUGAUCUCUUUGGCGAUUUAGAUGGAGCUGGUCAGCCUAUGGCGCUGUUCGUGAUGUCGGCAAAUUAUGGCCCAAGCAUUGGCUCUCCUAUUGGAGAACUGAUUGCCGAGAACGAGCACCUGGGGCUGCCGUGGAUAUUCUGGAUCAACGUCAUCAUCGCCGGUGGUUUUACCAUCAUCAUGUGCUUCAUUCCAGAAACACUACCGCGGGUGGUCAUUAGUAAAGCGGCCAAGGCACAUAAAUCAUCGGAUCCAACUGAGCUCGUUGUUAUGGAAGAACGUAUCGACGUACUUCGGGAAAUGCGUUUUGUCACCUCGAUGGCGUUUCGCAUUAUGCUGACAGAGCCCAUCGUCACUUUCUUAGGCAUCUACAAUGGAUUUGCUUAUGGGCUGCUAUACCUAUAUCUAGAUGGAGUAUUUGAUGUCUUCGUAGUUAAUAACGGGCUAUCAUAUAUGUCAGCUGAUUUGACAUUUCUUAAUUUCGUCGUCAGCGUAACUAUCAUGUUCGCGUUUGUGCCGGUUCAGACCUGGUUUUAUAAGCGCGACCGUAUGAGGAACGGUGGUAUCGGUCGCCCAGAAGCGAGAUUCUUGACUUCGCUCUUAUUUGUCUGGGGCUUCCCGAUAUCCCUGCUAUGGUUCGCUUUUACCUGUGACGGAAGCGUGUCAUUUUGGUCGCCCGUAAUAGCAGGUGGUCUGUUGGGCUUCUGCGACCCGUUACUGUGGCUCAGUAUGCUUAAUUAUAUUGCUGAUUCAUAUACUAAUGUUGCUGCAUCGGCUAUAGCUGCAUUUUUGAUACCAUCUUUUCUGAUUGCGGCUGCUUGUUGCCAUAUAGGUAUCGUCAUGUUUCAUAAUCUAGGUGCUAAGUGGGCGAUGGCAACGUUAGGUUUUAUCUCGUUUGGUCUUGUAGCGUUGGUUUAUGUCUUAUACUUUUUCGGUGCGAGAAUUCGAGCUCGGUCAAAGUUGGCUAGGAAACACUGA